UGGCAGGAGAUGUCGACGGCGAUUCCUCUCCAUCCAGUGAUUUUAUCUGGCCGUGACACUUUGUAUGUUACUUCUCAUCCACUGUUAAAGGUCUCUGUUACCAACUUUUAAAGUAGUGUUUGCUUUGGGCAAACUUGAAAAGGUGCUGGGUCAAUGAAAUCAAUGCAUUCUAUUGCAGGAUUUCCUUAUUACCUUUUGGGUGCUGAGAGCAGGAUGAGCUACUUUGUGGAUUCUGCUGGGAGCAGCCCUGUCCCUUACUCAGCGGCUCGUCCUGCAGUGGUGAGGCAAGGACCUAGCAACACUUAUGAAGAUCCUCGAAUGACCUGUGGUUUCCAGUCCAAUUAUCACCAGCAAAGACCUUGCUAUCCCUUUUGGGAUGAGAUGGCAACUCAGGAAGUUCCUACUGGUCUUGAACACUGUGUCUCAGAAUUACAAGGCCAGCUUAGCCUGAAGUCAUUGCUUAAGUAACCUGCUAACUGGAAUGUAUUGACAUGAACUGUCAACACGGCUGCUCCCUUCAACCAAUUCCAAGCUCUUCCUUCUCCUAAUGAGAGUCUGUUAUCUUGUGUGUCUUGAUUUGUCUAUUAUGCCCCUUAACAUUAUUCACAAUCUCAAUUGGAUCAGAAAACAGCUUUUUCUAGACCACAGAAUGUAUGCUAUUCUUUAAAAUCUUAAGAUCUCUGCAAUCUGUUUACCCAAUGUAUUGAAUUCUUGUACCCGAUAUCUCAAGAUAAUGUUCAUUUAUGAUACAUAUUUCUUCUUUUCUUACUCUUUGAAUAAAGUAUAUUGAUUAU